AUGUCCGCGGCAGAAGCUGAAGAGAGCACCAAGGACGAAAAGCUAAAAGCCGCGCUCUGGUAUGCCGUUGGCCAGAUCGUGGACUCCGUCGGUCUCUCCCAAGACAUCAACGCCAGUCCUCACUUCAUCGGCGGCCUCAGUGAGAUGGUGUGGGCCCAGAUCGACAAUGUCGCCCGCGAUCUCGAGGCCUUUGCAAAGCAUUCUACACGCUCGACCAUUAAUUGCAAAGACGUGCUGUUGCUAGGGCGGCGCAACGAAGGCCUCGACGAGCUCCUCCAAGCCGAAACUCGAGCUGUUCGCGAGAGGGAUGGAUGA